UCUCUGUCAACUAUGUUGUCUCAGACAUGGAACUGGUUGGCCAUAGUGUGUGCCAUUUUUGUGCUCACAUACCCCAUGGCGGAGUCUUACCCACGAGAGGAUGAGAUCCAAAGCUUGCCUGGCCAGCCACCCGUAACGUUUCAGCAAUUUGCUGGCUACAUAACCAUCGAUGAUAGAAAACAGAGAUCCAUGUUUUAUUACUUUGUUGAAGCAGAAACAAACCCUACUUCCAAGCCUCUCGUUCUCUGGCUCAAUGGAGGUCCGGGCUGCUCUUCUCUCAUCGGAGCCUUCUUUGAACACGGGCCAUUUACAGUUAGUGCAAAGGGUAUCGUGAAGAAUAAAUAUAGUUGGAACAAAGUGGCGAACAUGUUAUACUUGGAAUCACCGGCAGGUGUUGGAUUCUCUUAUUCUGUCAACAAGUCCAUCUAUGCUUCCUACAACGAUGAGAUCAUAGCGCGAGACAACUUGGCAUUCCUGCAGUGUUGGUUUGCGAAGUUCCCAAAAUACAAGAACAGAUACUUGUUCAUAACGGGCGAGAGUUACGGAGGGCACUAUGUGCCACAGCUUGCACAGCUUAUUAUUCAAACCAAGGCCAUCCCCAACCUCAAGGGUAUAGCGAUAGGGAAUCCCUUGCUAGAGUUUGAGAAUGACUUCGAUUCGAAGGUUGAUUACUAUUGGUCCCAUGGGUUAAUAUCAGAUUCAACUUGCAACGCUAUGAAUAGAGUGUGUAAGGGUUCUGAGUAUGUAAGACAAUUGAUACAGGGUAAGAUCUCUGACACUUGCAAGAAACUCUAUGGUAGUGUGGAAACUGCGUUUGCUCAUUCGGUAGACCAAAAUAAUAUUCUGGGCCAAACUUGCAAACCUUUAAAUUUAUCCACGGCAGCCAUCCUCGCUCACCCACCAACCCCAAUAAUGUCUCAGCUUUUGCCGCCAUAUACAAACAAUCGCCAGGGAGAUGAUGGCGUCUGUGAACUCAAACUGACGUUCUUAUCCAACUAUUUAAAUAGGAAGGACGUACAGAUGGCUUUGCAUGCGCAGCUUGUUGGAGCAAACAGAUGGGCCUAUUGUAACAAACCCAUCUAUACAAAUUAUUCAGUUGCAAGCUGGGAAAUCUCGACGAUUAAGGUAGUAGGCUGGCUCGUGAAGUCAGGCAUAAGGGUGGUGGUUUACAGUGGAGACCAGGAUACAAAAAUUCCAUUCAUAGGAACUCGACGUUUGGUGAGGGAAUUAGCUAAAGAAUUGAAACUCAAAGUAACGACAGAGUACACACCCUGGUUUGUGGGUGAAAAGCUGCAGGUUGGAGGGUGGACAGAAGAGUAUGGGAAAUGGUUAAGUUAUGCAUUGAUAAGGGGGGCUUCCCAUGUAGCCCCGGCCACUCAACCAAAGAGGGCAUUUAUGCUGUUUGAUGCCUUCCUUCAAGGAAAACUACUUCCUAUCCCCCAACACUGA